UGAAGUGACAUUAAUUUUAACCAAAAUGAUUUAGGUUUCCCAUAUAUUAAUAAAUUAAUAAUAUUUAUACAGAACCCAAAAUAAAAGCUUUAAAACUAAAGUAUAACACAAACUAAAACAGUGCGUAAAGUGACAAUUAAAAAAACGUGAACUAUCACUUGGAAUAAUCAAAGUGUUUCCUUUGUUUUGUUUUUAAAUGCCUAUAGAGGUUUUGAAUUGCAAGGUUACAUCUCGAGUUUAUCAAAUACCAUUUCCUACGAAGCACCUAUUACAUUAAAUCAGUUUCUGCGGUCGGUUUAUUUUUAUGAGCCCCGGAUAUUAGUGAUUGAAAUUUCCAAAAUUAGAUACAAACGUAAAAAGUCGAUCAAAAAUAACAUGAAGAAUUCAUGACGAAAGCCUAGCUCAAAUACAAAACCAAUAACUGCAGCAAUGCCGAAGAAAACGAUGAUUGCAAAGAUAUGCCCCACUUGCAAACAGCAGGUACCUGUGGCGUGCAAGUCAUGCCCCUGCGGGCAUUUCUUCUACAAUGCCAGACGAAUUGCCAGAGAAUUCGCCAUCGAAGCAGACUAUCGAAGAAGAACGGCCAGAGUGAGACGGGAAAAACCGAACUACUACGAUGCCCUCGAAUACGACAAACACAUCAAGAAGAUGAAAAAACGGAUCAGUGAGUGCGAUAUCGACGACGAUGACGAGGCUAAGAAGGAAAACGGCAGGAAGAAGAAGAAAAUCAAGAAGGAGGAGGAGGAAGAGGACGAAGGGAUAACCAAGAUGUCGCCGGAGUUAGAACAGCAUUGUCAAAUAAUAUUGGAUCAGAUCAAUAUGAAAUUGAAGAUGGUGACGUGGAAACCCGCUUAAUUUAUCCCACGAUAGUGAGUAAAAUAUUAAAUGAUAUGUCCAGAUUUUCGAUUAAAAGUAUGUGGAUGAAUGUAAUAUUCUGUUCACUUAUAUAGUCUUCAAAAGCUAUUAAACGUUUAUAAAGGGUCCGUUAGUAAAAAUAAUAUAAAAAGUAAUAAAAAAGAAGAGAUUAUCGUCAUGAAACUCGUAAUACUUGGUGUAACUCUAGUAUCCCCUCUAACUGCUAGAUCAGAUUAUUAACUUUCAAAUAUCGAUUAACGAAUGGAAACGUUGCGAAUUUAUGCAGUUGUUGUUUUAAAACAUAAAUGUUUCUGAAUGUUAUGUGCAAUAAUAUGUUUACAAAAUUUAUUGUAAAUGGUAGGAAAUUAAAUAUAAUAAUUACC